ACCCACCGGGCCGCCCCUCCCCGCCCUCUGCGUGCGCACCGCCUCAGGUCCGCCUCUCCGAAAGACGGCUGGCGUGUGCGGCCCGGCCGAGCACUGGUUCCCCGAUCCUCACCGUGCGCGCGUCCGCCUGCUUGUGGUUGACGUGAGACUCUGAAGCCGGCCUCAGGUUAAAAGGGAAAAUGAAGUACAUUCUGGUUACUGGUGGUGUUAUAUCAGGAAUUGGAAAAGGAGUCAUUGCCAGUAGUGUGGGCACAAUACUCAAGUCAUGUGGCUUACAUGUAACAUCAAUUAAAAUUGACCCCUACAUUAACAUUGAUGCAGGAACAUUCUCUCCUUAUGAACAUGGAGAAGUUUUUGUGCUGGAUGAUGGUGGAGAAGUUGACCUUGACUUGGGAAAUUAUGAGCGGUUCCUGGAUAUCCGCCUCACCAAGGACAAUAAUCUGACCACGGGGAAGAUAUACCAGUAUGUCAUUAACAAAGAGCGCAAAGGAGAUUACCUGGGGAAGACUGUCCAAGUUGUCCCUCACAUCACAGAUGCAGUCCAGGAGUGGGUGAUGAGACAGGCAUUAAUACCUGUAGAUGAAGAUGGCUUGGAACCUCAAGUGUGUGUUAUUGAGCUUGGUGGCACAGUGGGAGACAUUGAAAGCAUGCCUUUCAUUGAGGCCUUCCGCCAGUUCCAGUUCAAGGUCAAGAAGGAGAACUUUUGUAAUAUCCACGUCAGUCUGGUUCCUCAGCCAAGUUCAACAGGGGAACAGAAGACAAAACCUACCCAAAACAGUGUUCGGGAGCUUAGAGGACUUGGGCUUUCUCCAGAUUUGGUGGUGUGCAGAUGCUCAAAUCCUCUUGACACAUCCGUGAAAGAGAAAAUAUCUAUGUUCUGCCAUGUGGAACCUGAACAAGUGAUCUGUGUUCAUGAUGUUUCAUCCAUCUACCGGGUACCCUUGUUGUUAGAAGAGCAAGGGGUCGUAGACUAUUUUCUUCGGAGACUUGACCUUCCUGUUGAGAGACAGUCACGAAAGAUGCUGAUUAAAUGGAAAGAGAUGGCAGACAGAUAUGAUCGCUUGCUGGAGACCUGCUCUAUUGCUCUUGUGGGCAAAUACACCAAAUUCUCAGACUCGUAUGCCUCUGUCAUUAAAGCUUUAGAGCAUUCUGCAUUGGCUAUUAACCACAAGUUGGAGAUCAAGUACAUUGAUUCCACAGAUCUGGAGCCCAGCACCCUGCAGGAGGACCCUGUGCGUUACCAUGAGGCAUGGCAGAAGCUCUGCAGUGCUCAUGGAGUGUUGGUUCCAGGAGGAUUUGGUGUUCGGGGAACAGAAGGAAAAAUUCAAGCAAUUGCCUGGGCUAGGAAACAGAAGAAGCCUUUUUUGGGUGUGUGCUUAGGAAUGCAGCUAGCAGUGGUAGAAUUUUCAAGAAAUGUGCUGGGAUGGCAAGAUGCUAAUUCUACAGAAUUUGACCCUAAGACUAGCCAUCCUGUGGUCAUAGACAUGCCAGAACAUAAUCCUGGGCAGAUGGGUGGAACCAUGAGGCUGGGCAAGAGGAGAACCCUGUUCCAGACCAAGAACUCAGUCAUGAGGAAACUCUAUGGAGACAUAGACUACUUGGAAGAGAGGCACCGCCACCGAUAUGAGGUGAAUCCAGUCUUGAAGAAGUGCUUGGAAGAGCAAGGCUUGAAGUUUGUUGGCCAAGAUGUUGAAGGCGAAAGGAUGGAGAUUUUGGAGUUGGAAGAUCACCCAUUCUUUGUUGGGGUGCAGUAUCACCCCGAGUUCCUGUCCAGGCCUAUCAAGCCCUCCCCACCCUACUUUGGCCUCCUUCUGGCCUCUGUUGGGAGGCUCCCACACUACCUGCAGAAAGGUUGCCGGCUCUCACCCAGGGACACUUACAGUGACAGAAGUGGGAGCAGCUCCCCCGACUCUGAAAUCACUGAACUGAAGUUUCCAUCAAUAAAUCAGGACUGAUCUGCACUCCUGCGGAAAGACCAGGCUGAGAUGAGAAAUUCUAUUCUUCAUGAGGAACACUCUGCAGAUGGGAGACCUGAGCUGAGACAACUUACUCAAGCCUCAGGCUGAUGAAGCUGAGGGAGCCGCGUCUCAGCUCCACCUCUACUUGACAGUUUUCUACUUCAUUUAGCCUCUCUCCAGGGCUGGGGUAGAACACAGGCUUCUUCCUCUGUCUCAGUCCUUAUGAAAGCUCUCUUCAAAGUCACCUCUCACUUCUUGUAUUGGAAUCUUUAUUUUUCUACACUUCACAUACCCUGGGCUGGGGGAAACCAGGCUAGGGUUUGAGGAUAGUAUCCUCCUGGCUUCCUGUUGGUGUUCUAGACCAUCCUUCUAUGAAACUUAGAGGCUAACCCUAUAUGCAACCACCUGCUCUUUCUGGCCACGAUUAUCAAUAAAUCUCUGUGUUGCGUUCCCUUAUUAAAUGAAGACUUCUGGUGCUUGGCUCACCCCUUUCUGUCCCACCCCAGCUCCUCCUGCUCUCUGGGAGGCAACCCACUGACCUGUCUACAACAGCGGCAGUGCUCUCACCUCUCUUCUAUGUCAGACACCACUGCUAAGGCCACUGGCUGGUGCUUAUCAGCAUUUGGAACAAAUGCUUCAGAAUUUUAAGUACACUCUUCUCUGACACCAACUGCUCGCCUUUCCAGCUUGCUUGAGAGGUACCCCCCAGAGCUACUCCGUUACAAUGCUUAGCUGUCAGUGAGCCUGACUGCUCUCCCUCCAGCCCUGCUGAUUCUUUUAUGUGAAGUCCUACUCUCCUGUACCAUUUUCUCUCCCGGCUCUUGUCUUUCUAGCUCACCAGAAAGUCCUGAGUCCCAAACUGUCUUGUCUCACCUCAUAUAGAAGACGCUAAGAAACAAAAGAAAACCACAGCUCUUGAAAACUAGUUUCUGCCCACUGCUGGCCCCUGAGGUUUCUUGUAAACCUUCUUUUCUUGACCCGCCAUAUCUCAUCUUCUGGAGGACUGGUCUAGUCUUUCAGACUCAUAAGGUCUUCCCUACGCAGUCUUUCCUCUGUUCACGGACGGCUGCCAGAGAAGGUGUAUCUACUAAUCGGUUUGCCUGUGCUCUGAACUCUUACUACUUCCCACCAUUCCUUUCUCCUUUGCUAUCAUCCUAACGUCUCAGAAGUUCAAGCUGUCUGUUGACAAACAUGCCCAAGUGCUCCAUUCUGUAAGAAUUUCUUCAGACUCACAGCUCUCUCUGUUCUUUAUUUUAAGUAAAUUCUCCCUCAAUAUUUCAUUAACUCAUGGCAAUCUGCCUUCCCAAUGUCUCUAGAUAAGAUUAUCAAAUUCUACCUACCAAUUAUUGAAUCUUGCAGAUAUUCCUCAGGCCUGAUGCUACUUGAAUACUCUUGGAUUGUCCAGCCACCAUCCAAUCAACUUUCCUUCCUCCUCAUACUGAAUGCAUUUCCUCCUGUGUCCACUUCUGUCCCCGUUUCUACCUUUCGAACUUUGCCUACUAAGACUCCACCUUUGGUAAGCUGCUCUUUUCAUCCUUUAUUUCUGGGAAUUUGUCCACUGUAAAGUUUCAAUACAUGGAUUACUAUUAAACACUUAACUUCAGCUCUGUACUUUUCCUAAGAUUACUCACGGUACCCCCUCUCUUCCAUUUCUAGGUCUUUCUUAGUGAAUGGCACCCCAUUUAGCCUCCUACAUCUAGGUAGUUAAACCUGGGAGACGGUUGCCACUUCAUCCUUCCUCACAUUUACCUCGUGAGUAGUUGCACAUAUACCACUGUCUGAUUUUCAGGCCUUUCUCAUGGCUGUCUCUGGUCCAUCCUUUUAACUUCCUAACUGCUCUGUCAAUCCAGCAUUCAGUGAUACUCAAACAGAGUUCCCUUUGUACCUUGCUUCUGAUUAGAUGCCACUGGUAAUUUAACUCUGCCAAAAUGAUCAACUCCAAAUUCCUUAGUUUGAAAGUUUUCAAUAAUAUAAGCCCUGACAAUUUCAUACUAUCAAUUGUGUAUCUUUAUUGAUUUACAAGUAUCUUUUAAAAGUUUGUCUUCUGUAUAAGACAUUUAAAAAGGUAAUUUGUAUUCUUCUCACACAAAAUACAAAUGGUAUCCAAAUAAAUGACUAAGGGCUGGAAGAAUAAAUCCUUGCCUGUCCCUUUUAGUUCUAGGUAUCUGG